GCCCGUCACACGACUUGUGUUUGUUCUCACUGCCAACGCAUGACUUGUACCAGUCCACGCGACACAAAUGAAGUGAGAUGAAGAGAUAGACGAGUUGACCCCUGACGGCGCGCCCGUCCUCCUACAUGUCCAAGACUGCCACUGAACAACCACCAUCAUUCGAACUUCCGCAGCUGUCCAACAUGGGCUUGUUUCGAUCGCGGCAGGAUUAUCAGCCCAUACGAGGCGAUGCAGAAAGAGACAAUGAGAGCAUACAAGAUGGGGCGGAUGAAGAUGCUGUCGCUGAGACGCCCUUCUCGUGGGUUGAAUACGCCAUCUUUGUCCUGCUUGGGAUAGCGAUGUUAUGGGCCUGGAACAUGUUUCUUGCCGCAGCGCCCUACUUCCAGCACCGUUUCCGCGGAAAUCAGUGGAUUCUCAACCACUUCCAGGCCGCUGAGGUCUCGGUCUCGACGGUCACGAAUCUCGGGUCGAUGAUAACACUGACAAAACUGCAAAAGGGGGCAUCAUAUCCCAAGCGAAUAUCGUUAUCCCUCACGAUCAGCACCGCGGUAUUUGCUGUGCUGUCUCUGUCAACGCUCGUUCGCACGUCCGCAGGCGUGUACUUUGGCUUCCUCCUUGUGGCCAUCUUAGCCGCGAGCUUUUCCACUGGCCUGCUACAGAAUGGCCUAUUCUCCUUCGCAUCAGGGUUUGGAAGAAGCGAGUAUACACAGGGAAUCAUGACGGGCCAGGGUAUUGCCGGAGUGCUACCGCCCAUGGCGCAGAUUAUAUCGGUUUUGGUGGUUCCAGCGAAGAAGGAUGGCAGUGGCGCCGACACCGCCGACGAAUCUCCCACUUCAGCAUUGGUCUAUUUCUUGACGGCCACGGCCAUCUCAGUCAUUGCUCUCUUCGCCUUCUUUUACCUCUUGAAGAGAGAGGCGAGAAGCCGAGCCCUUCAAUCGGCAGCGAAAUCCACGGCCGAUGAAGCCUCCGAAGGUGACGCCUUGACGACGGGGGGCAUUGCGGCAGCAGCGGGUGAAGGUUUCGACGAGCCCAACAAGGAACGACCCUCGGUGCCGCUGGGCACGCUCUUCCUCAGGAUGCCUUUUCUUGCGGCGGCAGUCUUUAUCUGUUUCGCUGUCACGAUGGUUUUCCCAAUCUUCACGGCGUCAAUCCAGUCCGUCAACAACAUCGACUCGGCGAUAUUUAUCCCCACGGCCUUCCUGCUAUGGAACAUAGGCGAUCUAACAGGACGACUGAUCACACUGUGGCCAAGGAUCUCCCUGACCCACUAUCCUUUUGCUCUGUUCUGCAUAGCAAUGGCACGACUGCUAUUUAUCCCGUUGUAUUUCCUCUGCAAUAUCAAGAACAAGGGUGGCGUGGUCAGGAGCGACUUCUUCUACUUGAUCAUUGUGCAGUUUCUAUUUGGCUUGACAAACGGGUAUUUGGGCAGUGAGUGCAUGAUGGGAUCAGGACAGUGGGUACCACCGGAAGAGAGAGAGGCAGCAGGGGGUUUCAUGGGAUUGAUGCUUGUCGGCGGGCUUACUGUGGGGAGUUUAUUGAGCUUCCUGCUCGGGGAUAUCUAGAAGGAGUGGUUGAAAUACUAUAGAAAGGGAGUUUAAGGGGAGCAUCUUUUAUUACUGGAGCAAGGGGGAUAAGGAGAGGGUAAGGAGCUCUACAAGGAGUACCUCGUCCUCGAUUACCCCCACCAUCUCCUGGGCACAGCCUCGUUGUCAGCAGCAGGAUGACGAACGAUUCCAUCUCUUGAAGACUUGUCUCGAACUCUGCUCUUGCGACUAUUGAAAACCUCAGCCCACAAGGCUGUGUACUUCGUGUCUUGCCCACAUGUACCACAUUCGGAGGGAUUCGGGCAGAUCCCCCUGGUCUUCGCGGUGCUGCAUGCGGGACAUUGUCGUGCAACGUGAUACGCGUG